UCAACGCACUGAAUAAGAAAUUCGAACCAGUUAUGGACCAAGCUAGCGGCCCUCACUAAUCGGCGCGUCAGCGAGACUGCCUGCAAAACAGAGCGGAGAAGGAAAGUCCGAGGGCGUGAGAGGCAAUGUCCCAUCGUGUGACCUUGCUCUGAGCAUGUAUGCGGCGCUGCCCGUCUCAUAGAUGGACGCCGACUGACGCAGACGGUCUCGCAGACUACCUUGGUGCCUCAAUGGCCCUUCAUCUGUCUCUCCUUGCCCCCCACUGACCAUGUCUCCAGUUGCCCCACCAUCUUGCUGACCGUCAUUGUCGCCCCCUCUUUGUUGUUCUUGCUGCUGCUGCUGCUGCUGCCACUGAGCCAUCCAGUAGGCGAAGUACGGCAAGUAAGACGGAUGGAUGGGAGGAUACGACGAUGCCAAAUCUGCCCCUUGUCCCGACGGCACCUGCUGAGGCAUCAGCGUCACUGCCGGCAUGGAGUGCCUCCCACCUCCAAUUGCAGUGAAGGGCCGCGACAUCCGUGGGAUCUGCAGGUGAGUAGGCAUUUGGGCGCUGGAUGGCCUUCUCACAUCCUGCUGUGCCAGCCACGAGCUCCACGCCAUCAAUCGGGGGUCGUUUGGGGGGAGCACAGCCUUCGGGCUGAAAGGCAGGAGUGCGUAAGGAUGACGCGAGGACCGUUGGGUGGGGAUGGGGGAGAUGGGACGGGAGUGCAAUGGAGACGACCGAUAGGAAGGUCCCGAUAUCGUCACCGCACUCGGCGGCCGUGUGGAGCUCGGCAACCGUGUUGACGUUAUGUUCGAAGGGUGUCGCGAGGGCUUCUGGGCCAUCCGCUUCGGCGGGUGCUGUCUCCUUGACAAUUCGAGUCCAGUAGCUGACGCCGAUGCCGACAGCGGCCUAUUGUUUGCCUUCAAUUCCUGCUCCUCAGGGAUGUCCUCCAACAAGUAUGGCGGCAACGUCAUUGGCGGUGGGCUGGGUGCAGGGGCCGACACAGGCCGGCCUGGGGAGGUUGUCGCCCGCUUGCCAGAUCUCUGGGAGGGCGGGACGGCCGCGCGGACGAUGGAAGGCGCGGAGACUUGCCUAAUAGAACGGAGAGAGGACGAUGAAAUCAUGUUUUUGCUGCUUUCAUCUUACCUUUUCAUGGAGCGCUCGGGCACCGACAACGACGAGGCAGCCAUCCGAGAGUCUUGUGGGGCUAUCUCGCUUCUGGAUGACCGACUUGCCGUCGCGCUCUGCGGUCUCAGUGUGGUCCGCGAGGCGCGAGUGGUGUAUGUUGGCCGAGCCGACAAGAACAAAGGUGUGUUAAUGUAGCCAGACAGCAAGGCCAUCGGCUGGCCGCCGCCUGUGUUUGGCCUCGGGGAAUAGCCGGCUUGCGAUGCGUCGGCACUGAGAGGGCGGAGGGUCCGUCUCCCUCCGCGUGGGGCGGUGUCGACUGUGGUGGGCUGGCCCUUCCACAACAGUGCCAGCUCCUGCAUCGAUCAACCGAUGACAAGAGAAUACACAGUAUGUGGGUCGUUGUGAGUGUAUGUGAGGUGCACCUGAACUGCUCUGGCUUCGUCGGGGGGCAGGUCGUCAAAGAGCUCUUCCUCCUUAGAGGCCUCGUGAUCGAGCGCCGCCCGGCCCACAGGACUCUCGUCGUGCAGCAACGCACUCGGAAUCGCCGUCGACUCCUGCAGGCGAAAGAUGAGCAAGAAGGUGACGAGGUGGAUAACUCUUUUCUUUUGUCGUCUCUCACCUGUCUCAGUGCCAUGAAAGUGUCCAUGUCUUCCGUCCAAUCUGGAGCAUAGGAUCCUGCCUGGAAGCAGUCAAGCCACUCGCUGGGGAGGGGCAGGCUGUUGCUGUAAGGGAUCAGAGGCAGAUACGCGUCGCGGCAAGGAGACACCCUAUACACACAGACAUGAAAAGGGGAGGGAUGUGUGAAGGGGUGCAGGGUUUCCCUCCUCGAUGACCUGAGGUAUUGAGUGGGAACUUGCAAGUCCUUCUGCAACCCCAGUGUCAGCUUCAGCGAAGCACCGCCGUACCGCCGAGAAAACAAGAAGACAUACGUCUGCUGCUUGGCAUAAGACACGCUCUGAAGCCUACAUACGCAGGGACACGAUUCAUUCAAAAAUCUUUCCCGCCUCCCCACCCACGUGCACCUUGAGAGCGACAGGCUGCCCAUGGCCAGCACCCGCUGUCCCUGCCGCAGACGACCGCCAACGAGCAACGACCCGGUCUUGGACGAAGCCGCCAGGAGGCUGCAGCACAGGAGACGAGAGGAGAAAUCCACUUUAGUGUCUCCGUUGAUUGGUUUCACUUACCCUGGAGCGAUGUCUGAUUCCUCCCUGAACCUGCUGCUCUCGGAGUCCUUGUCGUUGAUUACCGCCUCUGGUGGGAGGACCUGCAACCGAGGAAGGCGUAAAAGGCUCUGGAUGGUCAAACUGACACAGCGGGAGACAGCACAUCAGUGCCCACGCACCUGUACAAGGAAUAGCUCGAGCCCCUCUUCGCGGAAGAGAUCGUGAAACAGAGGCUCCUUCGAGAAGAUGUACUUGACCACCAGCCGAUUGAUGUGCGUCUGCACAAAUAUAUCAGUCCGCCGAACCCAUAGAUACCAAGGACACCACGACAAAUGCAUGGAGUGCACGGCACCGGGUCUGUGGCGAGCACGUCGAUGGGGAUUCUGCGUGUCUGCCCAAAGAGUUUCAUCACGAUAAUCAGUUUGGACGUCAGUGACCGCUUUCGCAAGUCGGCCGUGAGCUCCUCAAUCGUGUGGAAGAACAGCAUCUGGACAGAUCAAGCAUCGGCCAUCCAACAACGCUUUUUCUCCAGCCUUGUACGUACCAUUCUCCAUUGGUACAGCUUUGCCGGCAGCGGCGCGGCUGAGGGACUCAUCCCUUCCUGCAGACCGUACAAGUGGGCAUCAAGCACACACGGAAAUAAGCAAGGAUAAUCCUAUAGUCGAUCACCUUGAAGGCGACGGUGCUGACAGCCUCGCCGCCCUUGAUGUUGCGGAUCAUGCUCUGCACCUUCUCUUGGUCCACCCCCUUCCGCUCCCUGUCAGUCCCCUGAGAUGCAUAGGACACAUUGUUCAUUCACACAUGUCCGACGGCGCGACUCUGCUCCUGGUCGCACCGACCCUUUUUUGCUUCCUCUCCGACGCCCGCACGGUCUCUGUCGCCCUGGCGAACAUCCUCGAGGAGGGCGUGCUGGCGAGUAUCGACGCUCGGUGCCGUGGCUGCUUCGACAGGCUCAGACGGGGCCUGCUCUUCCUUCUCGCCGGCAACGCAACGGCCUUGCUCUCGUCUCCCAUCCUCGAUGCGGCCCGGGACCUCAUCCUGGUGCAGACAGACAGGCAGACAGACAGACAGUGACAACGAUGGGUGCUGGCAGGUGGCUGUUGUUUGUCUUUUUGCUCGGUCGGUUACUGUUCGGUUGCCGGCUGCUGCAUGGAUUUGAUGAGCUGGCCGCGCUGGUCCUUGAGUCUGUCGAUGCGGUUGGCGAACUCGGGCUUGCCGAGAUCCCGCUCGGGCGUGUUCUCCAAAUGAUCGUACAGCUGGAAGAAAAAAUGGUCACGCAGCGACGACCGCGUCUGAUUGGUCCAUUGAUGAACACCCAACAGACAGGGGCACGUGGGCAGCAAAUGACGUGCGUAGAGUAGGUUUUCUGUAGCAUUUGUUACAUACGCGAAUGGAGUCGAUGACGCCUGUGAAGAGAGAGCAGUCAUCAGAGAGGUCGGCAUCUUUCCGGGGGUGCAACUGUACACUGCUGCGGUCGUCACUCGCUCUCAAAAAGGGGGCGGUCCUCAUCUCAAUCUGCACACAGACGCAUCAAAAGACGGCUUCGUGUCUCGGUGCCAUCAUCAGCAGUGCCUGGCUGACCUCGAUCAGCUCCCUCUCAGCUCGAUACAGCGAGAAGCAUGUCUGGCAGACGGGCAGCUGGGCACUGAGGCGGUCCGACGACAUGUACGGGUCGCAGUGGGUGAGUAUCUCGAGGUCGAGGCCCCGCUUGCGCAUGUGAUGAAGCAUCUCGAGCAUCAUCCGGCCGUUCAUGCGCUUGCGGAGGAGGCGCUUGUCCUGCACGAUGCCGCACGACUCGCACUUGCUCUGCACCUUCUUGUCGUCCAAACUGCAUAACCCACCACACAAUGCUUUGUCUGUCUGUGUGAUGGUCUGCCUGCACACCUUCGCAGGACUUUUGGCUGUCGUUCCCGUUCAGCCUGCUCUUGAUCCUCAUCAAGGAUGUCCUCUUCGCCACUGCACAUGUAAGAGCUUGAGUUGCCGUUCGUUCCAUCUAUGUUGCUGCAUUGCCUGCCUUUUCGCAUCACUCACAUGGCAGCCACAACGCCUGAGGGAACCCAAUGCGGGUGGACGCGAAAGGCCUUGACCUGGAGGAACACCCAACCUCUCUCGCCAUUGAUCGCAUCGACUACCAGCUCCUCAAGACGCAUCCUGGCGGGGCAAGACAGAACAGAAAAAACGGUGAGACACAACACUCGUCCGCUUACUUGAAGAACCUCUGGGUGAAGUAGAAGAUCCGCCUUGCGAUUUCUGCGGGCUGGCCGAUGGUCGACCCGGCCACUGGAUAGACGCGGAACGUCUCGGUCAGUCCACUCUUCGGCUAUCAAUGGGGACCUCACGCAGCAAGAAACAGGACACAGCCGCAAGCAAUGACACAGUCAGUGAGGGAUGACCUCUCAUCCACUCUGUGUGAGUGAGGACCGCGGCUCACCAGAGGGGCGUUGUCGACUGACACGGUGCACUGGGCUGUCAGGUCGCCGCCAUACUCUUUGGUUUGCUCUGGUGAGAGGAGGUUGACCAGUGUGAAGCCGUAGGGAGCCUUUGUCGCCCUUUCAGAACGAGAAAGGCACAAGACAGUGGAUGCGAAUGUCAGUUGAUCUCUCACCUCCAUGCCACUCUCGUGAGCUGGAAGCGCCGACUGCCCUUUGGGGGCACAAACGCCUGAUGGAGGGAAGGAACUCGAUGGUAGUAAACAAGUCUGAGGCGACAAAGGUACCUGGUAAACACACUCACUUCCCGGUUCGGUCGAUGCGAGGGUGUUAAGGUCUAACACACGCACACUGACGCGGAGCAGCAAUAAAAAGGGAGGCGUGAAACGUGGACACGUUUGUGUCUCCGACUGACCUAUUGCUCUGUGGCGCGUUGAAUUUCGGUUGUUUCAUGACGACGACCGGCCUGGUGAGGAACUCCUUCAUGGCCAUUUUAGCGUCGAUGUUCCUCUCCGCUGCACGCUGUCGCGCCUCUACCAUGAAUCGAGCCUCUGACCAGACGCAUUGCGGCAAAUUGACACAUUUCGGUUGUUUCCCUUCUUUUUUCAACUCACCGACUUCCUCCUCCAUGACUUUGACGGCGUUGAAGUCCAGCUCGACAGAGCAGCUCAGCCGGUGAGGCAGCGGGGCAGAGGACAUGUCGGCCUGUGGUGUGCGGUCCUUGGCUGCGGCGACAUCUGGCGUGUUGCGGAUCAUGAAUUUCUCAGAGGCCGUGCAGUAGACGGUGUCCUGACAAGGAAUGGGAACGAGUGUCAUCGGCGUUUGUCGAGUCGAGUCCACUGUCCCUUGUCAGUCAGUCAGUCAGUCACCGGUACGGGCACAUUGAGCCGCUUGAACGUUUGUUCGAUCUCUUCCGCGUCCCUCAGCCCUCGGGGGCCGUACAAAAGGCCCUUCCACCAACCAAACGCUGCAGCCGGGAAACAAGCGCAUGAGCACCGGUGGCCUAGACACCUGUCCUGUCCUCUCGUCAUCUACCUGGCCUUGUGGGGAGGUCAUCGUAGUAGGACGGUUUGUCUGGCUGAAAGGUGAACCUGCACGAACAUUUUGCAGAGGAAGACAGACAUCUGGAACAUUGAAAUGCGUACUUGUUGAUGAAUGUCAGCCUCCUGGAGGCUUGGCCCUUCUCAAUCACACCCGCCCUGCAGCAGAGCCACACGAAUCAACACUUCAAGCCAGGAGACGGCGUACCAGAUCAUUGUACCCACCGAUCACUUGUUGUCUGCGGCGAGAUCAGCGCAGCGGCUCUCUUCUUGAUAUCUGCGAUGAUGGCACGCUGUGCACUCGGGAGGGCUUUGGCAGCCGACUCCAACUCGCGGAGAUCAGCAGCCCUACACAAACGAAAGUCGCAGGACAAAGAAUGAGCAGAAAACCAUAUGAACGAUCAAUACGCCAUCAGUGUGUACCACUUACGUCAGGAAUGUCGCCAUCCUUUGCGUCGACCGACGUCCCCAAUUUUCG